AUGGCACUUCGAGAUCUCACUAGAUAUGCCCUCCUAAUCAAUGUUUUCGUCAGUCUUGGAAGCAUCACCUAUGGCUACUUUUCUAGUAUCAUUGCUACGACCUUGGGACAGCCCGGAUUCUACAGCUUCAUGAACCUUGCACCAGACCCAACUCGUCCAGGAUACGAUCACACCAUCCAUGUCAUUGCCACUGUCAAUGGUCUUUACAGCGCAGGUGGUGCCGUUGUUUGUUUAUUAUUCAUGUGGCUUGCAGAACAUUUUGGUCGACUACGUACCAUUCAACUCGGCGCUUUGAUUGCGAUUCUUGGAGGUGUUCUUCAGGGAGGUGCUGCGAAUAUCGACAUGUUCUACGCUGGCCGUUUCAUCGCUGGAAUGGCAAUUGGAAUGCUGGUCAGCUGCAUCCCUUUAUAUCUCAGUGAGUCGAGCGCUCCAGCCUCCCGUGGUCGACAAGUCGGUGCCCAUGCCAUCUUCCUGGUUCUUGGCUACUUCAUGGCAUCCUGGGCUGGUUAUGGUUGCUACUUUGCAACUCCCGUUAACCCUUCGUUUGCCUGGCGCUUUCCUCUGUGCUUACAAUUGCUUCCUCCACUACUCCUACUUCUUGGUUCUCCUUGGGUUCUAGAGAGCGUCAGAUGGCUAUUGAAGCAUGACAGAGCCGAGGAAGCAUGGACAAUAUUACAGCGAAUCCACGCUCAUUCCAGUUUCGCCAAGGAAGAGUUCCAUCAAAUGACCCAACAGAUAAAGCUCGAGGAAGACCGUACAAGACAGCUCGGAACCACGGUAUUGAAGUCUGUAAUCACCAAAGCUUCCUAUGGAAAGCGGGUGAUCGUGGGAUCCUUGAUACAGUUUGGCCAAGAGAUGGGAGGAGUUUUGGUCAUCAACAACUAUGCUGUGCUGUUAUACCAAGGUCUCGGCCAAACUGGUGCAAUCCCCCUUCUGCUCUCUGCAGUCUGGAUCACGACUGCGGCACUGAUCUAUAACCCGCUGGGUGCGUGGCUCCACGACAAAGUCAAUUCUCGUCGCGGGAUGUACCUCACCGGUAACUGCGGUCAAGUUAUCACACUUUCUAUCCUAACGGCUUUGACUGCACAACAUGCUGGUACAGAAACUAAGGUUGGCACUCUCAUUGUUGUGCAGUCAGCUCCGAUUGCUUUUGCAGCAGUGGGCUGGAAAUUCUAUCUGCUAUUCAUCCUGUGGUUGGUGGUCUACUCGCCAUCCAUCUACUGGUAUAUGCCCGAAACAGCACGGUUUACACUGGAAGAAAUUGGUGAAAAGUUAGAGGUUGCUAUCAAAAUCACUGAUGCGGCUGGAGCAAAUGAAGAGAAUCGAAAGGAACUUUAUGAAAAGUUGGAGCACCAUGAAUUUUUGCAGCGCGGUGAAAAGAAGAAAGCUGGAUUCUGA